AGUAGUCAUUAGUUCUAUAACGGCCGAGUAGGAGUGUCCGACGAACCCUAUUAUUGUUUACAAUAAAACUAUAUAUUAAUUACCAUAUUUCUCUAUACAGAGAAAAAAAUUGUGGGUUAUCUUGCUAUUAGUAUAGUAACAGGACACGAGGUGCUGAAAAACCUUCUCAUUUAUAGAAUUGAAAGCGUCCUACAAACCUAUUUUAAUUGUUAGUGUUUUAUCACUUUUUUUUUAAUUGAGAAAUUCACGCAAAGGUAAAACAUUUCAAAAAAUAGAUUUAUUAGACAUUUUCAUGAAUAAGGGGGUGAGAAGUAGAAUAAUAUCUCGAGUCUUCCAAAAUACUGUGCUCUCAUUUUUCGAAAAAUUGAUGAGUGGUUAAUACAGUAUUUUGUUUUUUUAAUUAAAUUAUAAUAAUCGUCGUUAUACUGUUACAAAGUGGAAUCGUUCGUCGAAGGCGGAUUCUUUGUAUUUGGCCAGCUGGUCACAAUAUCGCCGAGAUCAAAAGAGUUUCUUUGCGAACUGGAUUUAGAAGCCGCCACCAUUGCGCCGUUAACGGACAGCGUGUCGGAGUACGGGGGCGGAGCGCGGGUUGUGUGGGCCAUGUCGGCGGGCGACAGAGAAGCGGAGGCUCAGGCCAAGAAGGGCGAGGAGGGGACUGCGUCAGACCGGGACAGCCGGGUGGCGGCUGCCGUCAACCAGCACUGGUGUGUGGGGCUCAGGGCUAUCGAACUGAUUAUCGCCAUUAUAGCGACCGGCCUGAUGAUUGGCGCCCUCCACAAUCCAAGAGUGGUACAAUCGGACCAUCAACAUAUUGCUCUUAUAUAUUCUGCUUAUUCGAGUUUCAUCAUCAUAACUGGGGUCCUUAUCAUCGCUAAGCUGUUUGGUGAGAAUGCGGGUUGGAAAACUUCUAUUGGUUUCUCAGUGUUGGGCGUAAUCAUGUUUACAGCAGCAGCAGCGGUCAUUUUUUAUGAUGUGAUGCAAGAGCAAAAUCAGUUUUAUAACUACAACUACGAUUGGCAUAGCUCGUAUUACGCGAAUCUACGUCCCAACAAGCAAGUUUACGAUCUUCUAAUUGCAUCUGGGGUGUUCGCCGUUAUAAAUGCUGCCGUGUUUCUUGUACACGCAUUCUUUACCUUCAGGAAGGAGGCCGACUAUUAAUAUUUUGUAUUUUAAUUGUAACCAUUUACGUUAAGAUUCCUCUAAUAUGGUAAAUAAUAAUAUUUGUAUGAUUUGAUCAAGCUCGGCUUUGGUUAAUUUUUUUAUGUAUAUUUUUUUAUAAUACGUAAUUAAAACUAAUAGUGUAUUAUUAAGUAAUAAUUUUAUAAAUAAAGACAAAUGUUUAUUAGACAGUAUUGCUUUGUAUAUAAUGCUUCAGAUUGAUUGUGUUGUCCUGCGGGUAGCUAUGGGUUUCGGUAUUUUGAAAAAUUAUAAUAUCUAUUAUGUAUUAAUUAAUUUUAAGCUUGUUUGCCCUGCGCAGUAGCUAAUGAGAAAUAAAUACACUAUUAUAAAAAUAUAUUAAUAAUUGUAAAAUCCACAAUGCAGCUAUGUUAAAUACAUUAUUUAAUUUUUUUAAGUUUUUGGCCGAAUGUGCAAGUUUGAAAAUAGUAGAAAUAGACAUUAGUAGCUUUUUUUUUAAUAUAAUCCACAUAAAAAUGGGUAAUAAAGAGGCAAAGGAAAGUGCUUUUACUUUUGAAUGAUUUGUAAUUGUGAGUGUAUGCUAGUUUUUAAGUUUUGUUUGUAAUGUAAUUAUUACUAAAAUCAUUCCGCUGAGACCAAAUUUAUAAUAGUAUUAGGCGACCGCGUCGCAAUUUUUUUUUUAUUUAUUAAUCUUAUUUGUAAAUCAAUAUUUUGUUAAUAAUUUGAACGAAGUGACCACCGUUUCAUUGAUUUUAGAAUUAGUUUUGUAUUCUUCAGAUUGCAACAUAACGAUCUCAAUGAUUUUUUUUUAAUUCUAAUUCGAGAACUUCAUAUGAGAUACUUCCCUGUUUUUUUUUUUUUUAUUUAUUUGGUAACUUUAAAUUGCAGGCCUAUAUUUUUUAUAUUCUGCUAGAAAAUUCAAUAUUUUCAAUAUCAUUGAGUUCGUGAAAAGCAAUUUUUUUUAUUUUAUAGCUAUUUGUUAUAAGACAUAACUUUUUUCAGAUGUGAUUGAACCUGUAAAACUCUUAAAAUAAGUGUAGUAUAAAUCACAAGAAAAACAAUAAUAUUCUUCUGUUAAUUUUAUCACAUUUUGUUAAUAUGAUGUAUAGAUGAUUUGAUAGGCACGUAAACAUUGAAAAUUAAAUAAACUACCGACCCCGCAAAUACCUAAUUAACACAAAAAUAAAAUAGACGAGUACGACAAUUUUAACUGUCUAUUCCAGAGUGAAAUAAUUUUAUAAGGCAUAUUUUUUAAUCUGUGCUUUUAACAAAGUUUAAAAAAAUAUAUUAUAUGAAAAAAUUAAAAUAAUUGAAUAAAAAUGCUUAAAUAUCAUAUGCCUAUCUAUUUAUCGUACCAUUUAACGAACUGAACUCAUUGUUAAUUGUAAUUAUGUGUUAAUUAUAUUUUAGUUAUGUAAAAUUAAAAAGGGAGAACCAAAGCAGUAAUCAGUAUCCGUCCAGAGGUAGUUAAGUUUCUUUCUUGCUGCUCUUUGUGUUCCUUUCCUGAAUUUAUGUUCUACUUAACAUAUUAAAUACUUAAUAUUCAAUUUUUUUCUAUAAUACUAAAUUUAUCUACUAACAUAUUUACAAUUUUCAAUUAAUAAAUAUGUUAUAUAUUAUUAUUUACAAUUGCAUAAAUGUAUACCUAUUACCUCCUAUUUCAUAAUUAAUCCAUAAGAAAGGAACGUAAAUAUAAAACCUAUAAAUAUAUUCAGCUCUAGAAGUAUUCCACCUCUUUCAUUCGAGCUAAAUAAUAAAUAAGUAUAAUAUAACACACUAAUUGAGAACUAGGUUUAACACAGAUUUACCCUUUUAUGAAUAUUAUGGUUACUUUAUAUCACAGUUAACCGUUUAAAUAUAUUUUUAUCAACAUAUUUAAUAAAUAUAGGUAUAUUAAUGUUAUGACAUUGCUUUAGUUAAAACAUUUAUUAUUUAUUAGAUAUAAGAUUAAAACAUUGCAUGUGUUGUGAAUGUAAUUAAGAACAUAAUUAUAAUAUUAAUGUAAUAUUUAGACAUGUAUAUAGCGAUGAACGGAUAUAGUUGUGUAUGUGUAUUUGGCGCUAAUGUUACCUUAUAUAUACAUCCUAUUCGAUCACAGUGAGGUACUCGCGUCGCAAACGAAAAUUUCAGCAAAAAAAAACCUAUUUGUCUCUAAAUUAAUUAGAUUUUUGAAACGCCAAUCAAUUAAAAAAAAAAAAUGCAAUUCAUUUGUAAAUUGUAAGACAGAUUAAAAUUAUUAUUAAGAUGGACAGACUUAUGUCAAUAUUUAUAUGUUUAAUAUUUGUAUGUUUAGCAUAUUAACAUUUUCAAAAUUGAUUUAGGACAAGUAAUAUCAUAGAUAAGUUAUCUAAAAUUCAUUGUGAAGAAAUUUGAAGCAGGCUCUAUUGAUUGUAUGUUGUAGAUUGUUAUAAUGAAAAACUAACAUAAUUGUUCAUACAAUAAUUACUAACUUAAGAUGAAAUAAUAAGAUGAUACCUUUCUUCUUCUUGCAAACCAUAAAUUGAUUUGUAAAAUUGAAAUUAAGUUACUUGUAAAAUUAAGUUAAUUUUGACACAAUUUAUAUUAACUUGAUUGGCCUUUUGAAUAUCAUGUAUUAUUGUUUCAUGUACCUACCCGUCGUAAUGAUAAUAAAUAAUUUAAAAUUA